CAUUAAAAAGAUAACCUAAAAAUAUAACCUUAAAACAUUAUAACUUCUUCAUUAUCUUUAUUUAUAAAUACAUUGAAAGCAUAAAAAUGAAACGCCACUUGACGAAUUUAUCGCGAAAUAUACUACAAAAUAAAUGCAGUAACACAUUUUCACUAUCAAGAUAUUUAAGUACACAAGAGGCGAUAGAGCGUCGUCAUCACCUCUUCUCGCUGGAAAAGAAGCGUCAGUUGGAGAAUGUGGGCCGCAUUGAGAAGAUUGAAGUCAAUUACAAGGGUGUUCCCAAAGAUUGCACUCUGAUUAUGAAUAAAGACAUUUCGACUCCUCAUGAUUGUGCCAAACAUCUCAGUGAGUGGCACGCAGAAAGCAGCGCACUGGCACUCAUCGAUGGAGCUGUACACUGGGACAUGCACAGACCUCUGACAGAGAACUGCACACUUGAAUUCCAGAUGUACAACAGCGCAGAGCCACAGCAAGUCAACAAGGCGUUUUGGCGCAGCUGUUCUUUCCUGCUAGGGGCUGUGGUCACGCGCGCCUUCAAGGACAAGGUUGAGGUCAAUUUGCACAGCUUCCCGGGACCCGACAUCCGCUCGGGUUCGUUCAUAUACGACGUGGCCCUCUCCCUCCCCUCUUGGCGGCCCACCCCCCAAGAGCUCCACACGUUAACGGCGGAAUACGUGUCGUUCUGUCGUCGCGGAGAUCCUAUAGAGAGGCUGGAGGUGUCCGAGGAUCUGGCGCUGGAGAUGUUCGUGGAAAACGAGUACAAGGUCAAGCAGAUACCCAGCAUUGCCAAGGCUAAUGGCAAGGUGACGUUAUACAGAGUGGAAAAGCACGUUGACAUCUCGAAGGGGCCGCUCAUAAAUCACGCGGCGCAGGUCGGCCGUGUCGCCGUGACUGCCGUACAUAGACUAGAGAGUCCGAGCGACUCGCCGCAGCUGUACCGGUUCCAGGGCGUGGCGCUGCCCGCUGGGGUCAUAUUGAACCACUUCGCUUUCAGGGUUCUCACUGAACGCGCUAAGAAAUUGAAUCCGGCGCGCUCCCCGCUCGGGCGCUGGGAGGACGCUCGCGAGCCCGUCGCGGCCCAAGCUUAGGAAUAUUAUUAGUUA